AUUGCAACAAGGCCUGCUUAACUACUCUGAUCCAUACGAUACGAGAGCGCAUACUUGAAUCACAUUCACAUACAGACGCGUACAUGGGCAUGUCGCCCAGCCCCUUCACGACCUCCUACUGUUUAACAGAGCAAGAUGCUUCGAUUUGCACUGAAACCCAAGAACUGGACUACCACCACUCGUACUACUACGGCAUUGAGGACGUAUCGUUGGACGAGGUCGAGCUAGAGCUGGCCGCCUCUUCCGGCCGGGCUCACAAGGCCACCAAGGUCGACUACCACAGCUCGCCUUACCACAUCUCGUGGCCGCCGCCGCCGCAGCAGGCCUCCGCCGACGUCGAGUCGUCGCGCGUCAGGAAGAAGCAGUUCCGCGACGUUCUCGAGAGCUGCAAGCAGAAGGUCGAGGCUAUGGAGGCCAUGGAGCAGCACUCGCCGCCGUUGUCAGGCGGCGGCGUUGGGUUCCAGGACCAACAAGGUGAUAGCGGCCAUGGAGUCGCUGUGGGUGGCGAAGGUAGUAGUAAUAGCGGUGGGGGCACCGAUGGCAUGCGGCUCGUGCAGCUGCUCGUGGCCUGCGCCGAGGCCGUGGCGUGCCGCGACCGCGCCCAGGCCGCGUCGCUCCUGCGCGAGCUCCAGGCCGGCGCGCCCGUGCACGGCACGGCGUUCCAGCGCGUGGCGAGCUGCUUCGUGCAGGGCCUGGCGGACCGGCUGGCCCUGGCGCACCCUCCGGCGCUCGGCCCCGCGAGCAUGGCGUUCUGCAUCCCGCAGUCGUCGUCCUCGGCGUCGUGCGCCGGGCGCGGCGAGGCGCUGGCCGUGGCGUACGAGGUGUGCCCGUACCUGCGGUUCGCGCACUUCGUGGCCAACGCGUCCAUCCUGGAAGCCUUCGAGGGGGAGAGCAAGGUGCACGUCGUGGACCUGGGCAUGACGCUGGGCCUGGACCGCGCGCACCAGUGGCGCGCCCUGCUGGACGGCCUCGCCGCGCGGGGCGUGGCCAGGCCGGCGCGCGUGCGCGUCACGGGCGUCGGCGCGCGCGUGGACGCCAUGAGAGCCGUGGGGCUUGAGCUCGAGGCGUACGCGGAGGAGCUCGGGAUGUGCGUCGAAUUCAGGGCCAUCGACCGCACCCUGGAGAGCCUCCACGUGGACGAUCUGGGCGUCGAGGCCGACGAGGCCGUGGCCAUCAACAGCGUCCUGGAGCUGCACUGCGUGGUGAAGGAGAGCCGCGGCGCGCUCAACUCGGUGCUCCAGACCAUCCGCAAGCUCGCCCCCAAGGCCUUCGUGCUGGUGGAGCAGGACGCGGGCCACAACGGGCCUUUCUUCCUCGGCAGGUUCAUGGAGGCGCUCCACUACUACGCGGCGUUGUUCGACGCGCUCGACGCCGCGCUCCCGCGCUACGACGCCCGGCGCGCGCGCGUCGAGCAGUUCCACUUCGGCGCCGAGAUCCGCAACGUGGUCGGCUGCGAGGGCGCGGCGCGCGUGGAGCGGCACGAGCGCGCCGACCAGUGGCGCCGCCGCAUGAGCCGCGCGGGGUUCCAGUCCAUGCCGAUCAAGAUGGCGGCCAAGGCGCGGGAGUGGCUCGAGGAGAACGCCGGCGGCACCGGCUACACGGUAGCCGAGGAGAAGGGCUGUCUCGUGCUCGGAUGGAAGGGCAAGCCCGUCAUCGCCGCUUCCUGCUGGAAAUGCUAGACAGUCGCCGCCGCUCGCAGGCCGGCCACCGGAGAGUUUACAUUUUAGAGGGGAGAAAUAAAGAGAAGCUCACCGGCCAGAGAGGUAUAUUGCAUGGAAGAUGAGUUGACACUCUGUUCAAGCUAGUAUGUGUGCUUGAACACUUGUAUAAAUAAAGCCCCUUGUCCACGUAGCGUUUGUAUUUGAAAAUUUUUGUAUA